AUGGCAUCGCCGCCUCCUUUGCCUCCACGAGAUGCUUCUCAGCUGCCCCCGCCGCCUCCUUACUCCGAGGUGGUGGAGUCACAAGGCUCGCUAAACUCAGGCCGAGAGAAUCGUUCCCGCCCGUCGAUUCUAGACUCAAAAGUCCCUCGUCCCUCAUCGCAGCAGUCUCUGGCACCAUCAAGAUCCGACUCAGACGGUAGACGCACUCUUCUCUUGGUCUAUAUCCACGGAUUCUAUGGCAAUGACCAGUCGUUCCAGUCGUUCCCCGCGCAUGUCCACAACGUGCUGCGUGAGAACUUGUCGGAAACCCACGCCGUCUACUCCAAGGUCUACCCUAGAUACAAGACGUAUAAAUCAAUCGAGGUUGCCAGCGAUAAUUUCAGUGCCUGGCUAGAGCCUCACGAGUCGCCCACAACCGAUGUCAUCCUCAUUGGCCACUCCAUGGGAGGCCUAUUGGCUGCCGAGGUUGUUCUCACGCCCAAUCGGAUCUCUUCCAGCCGACAGCCCUUGAGGCAUCGCAUUCUAGGAUCUUUAUCCUUGGACUCGCCAUUUCUGGGACUUCAUCCAGGAAUUGUAGCCUCGGGACUCUCCAGCCUCUUCCAUCCUGCUCCUCCCCUAAACCAGGACGCCGCCUCAUCUCCUCCAGCUGACCUGGGGCCUUCAUCUCCUGCCUCGAUCAGUACUAUACAAAGUGGUCCGAGAGAUCCCACCUUCGACCCCCCAUACUUCAAUGACAGCCCAUUUAGAGAGCAGCCUUUCCUCACCCGUAUGCUUCAUUUCGGCUCCAAACAUUGGAACGAGGGCAUCUUCACUGCUCUGAGUAAUCACGUCGCUGCCCACCUGGAAUUCGGCGGAUGCCUGGCAGACUAUCCUGGGCUGAAAUCCCGAUACAACCAGCUCCGUGCUCUUGAAGAUAUUGAUGAUUUCCAAGCCUUGAAUAAUACCUCGUCCAACAGCUCGCGCAAUCGCGUUCGGUUUCUCAACUACUACACGCUGUCUCCCGGCCGCCCUAAACGGCCAGUGGCAGCUAAGGGGAGUCGAGAUACGAGUCAGGUCGAUCUCUCGGCAGAACCUGCACCUGAGAUCAAGAUUGAGGACGAGAUAAACGAUAAGCUGGUUGAGGCAAUCAUUUCGGCAAAGUUGGAAGACGAAGAAAAAAACCAGGUUGAUGCCAGUCUUUCCAAAGUCCAAACUCCUAUUACAAAUAAUGCUACUGAUCUGAAGGAAACGCCUGUGGCAGCGGCUCCUUUGGGGUCAAAAGAGGACGAAAACAUUGACAAUGAUACUUCAACUGCUAAGCAAGAAGAGCUGAGAGAGCAGUCUCUUAACAUGAACCGGCUAUCCAUGCAAUCUAUGCAAUCCAUGCAGCAUCUUGAACCUAUUCCCAUGGAUGAUGAAGCCGAACACAACUCUACAGAGCAGGAAUCAGAAAUAGCUACACCCGAGAUCUCAGAUAUCCCGCCAUCACCCCCUAUCAUCGAAGACAAAGCCAAUGAAGAGAAUGAGAAUGAGAAUGAGAACAGUCCAUCAGAAAAAGAUUUGCUUCCACCAAACCUGGAUCUUCCUCCAAUUCCCGACCUCCCCAAUCCUCCAGACCAGCCCGACCUAUCCCAAUAUACAGACAAAGACUCCCGCAAACAAGCAGAAAAGGAAUUCGCCCGCCGCCAGAAAGCCUACGACCAAGCCGCCAAAGACCGCAACAAGGCCAUUCGCGAGCGCGAAAAGCUCCUAGACAAGCUCCAUAAGAAGGCACAGAAAGAAGCCCAAAGGGAUGCAGAUAAGCUAGAAAAGGAUACCAAGAAGCAGCAUCAGAAAUCCGAACAAGACAAGAAACGCCUCGAAAAGGAAGAAGAAAAGGCCGCAAAUGCAGAGAAGAAGAGACUCGAAAAGGAAGAAGAAAAAGCUUCAAAAGCAGAGAAGAAGCGCCUUGAAAAGGAAGAAGCCGCCGCUAUGAAACAGCAGCUCGCAGAUCAAACCAAAACUAGUAACGCCGCGGCAGCAGCAGCAUCGUCGACAUCCUCCCUAGCUGCGUUCGACAUCGCCUCUCCUCGUUCUGAGACGGAAGCUGAAACGCCGGGCGGCAAGCCCAAGAAGCUCGGCAAGUUUUGCACCACUCCGCACAAGAACAACGGCGCCAUGGAUCCUACAUGGGUGAGCGUCUUCAUGGAUGGCAUGGAUGAGGUGACUGCCCAUUGUGGGCUGUUCUUCCCGGGCCCGCAUUAUGACAGGCUGGUGGGCGAUGUGAGCGGUCGGAUUGUGAGCUGGGUGCAGGAUGAUCUAUCUGUGAGGGCUGUACUGGAGAUGGGACCUGAUUAG